UGCAAAUCAAAGGCUGUGGAUGCUGUUGAUGCGUUUUUCGUUAAAAUGAUAAAACGAAUGACAGUUCUUAAAGAAAAUACUAUAAAAGAAUGCACGCAAAAACACCUGCAAAAUAACACAAGUCUUCGUCAGGAUAUAAAGAAGUGUGAAAACAACAUGUUUAGUGCAACCAAAAGAAAACAACUGGUACAGGGAUUGUUUGAGAAACAUCAUGAUAAACAUCUGUAUAUAGAACUUAUUCGGUUUAAUCGAAAAAAGAAGGACAUUUUCGCAGAAAUCAAAAGCUUAAAACGGCGAAAUGAAAUCGAACAUUACUCAUUUUGUCCAAACGAACAGUUACAACAGGUGUUUUGCAGUGAAAUAAACGAAAUUGGAAUGCUUCAAGAAACAGUUCAGGCAAACGAGUUGCUGACUGAAGGAACAAUGCAGUUUUAUAUCGUGGAAGAAAAGAUACAUGAAAUCCCACCUCAAUCAGUUGAGCUUUCGAAGAAGACAUGUGCGAAUCAGGUGUCGGAUAAUGAAGAUCCUUCCCGAACAUUGCAUCAAGACGGGAAUCAUAGCCAUGAAAACCAAAAUUUGUCACCUACUUUGAAUGAUGAACAAAAACAGCAAAAUACCCAGAAUACCACUUAUUUCUGCAAACAACUCUCGCCAAAUCGAGGAACGCAAUGAAGUUCCCGGUUCAAGCGCAAAGUAUACACUCCUAAAUAGGGAUUUAAUGUGUAGGCCAAGAAAAACACAACCUCAACCGAAGGGUAGCCCUCAAGAUGAUGCUUCUGAAGACUUUGAUUAUAUGCAAGAUUGUGUAAGGUCUUUAGAAAUAAACAAGCAGAAGCAGCGCGAAAG